AUGGAACAACCACAGCCUACGCCAGGCUCUCUGAGCUGGCGCCUCAGUUCGCACCCCAUAACUCUGCUCUUCUUUCUGGCAUUCCGCGUCUCAUCCCUCCUCGUGUACCUUUUCGGCAUGAUCUUCAUCGAGAACCUUGUCAUGAUCUUCAUCGUCACGAUCCUGCUCCUGGCUGCCGACUUCUAUUACCUGAAGAACAUCGCGGGACGGCGACUGGUUGGGCUGCGCUGGUGGAACGAGGUUGACCCGACGUCGGGCGACAGCCACUGGGUCUUUGAGAGCAGCGAGCCCGGCACCAAGACCAUCAACCCUACCGACAGCCGCUUCUUCUGGCUGGCCAUCUACACGCAGCCCGUGCUGUGGGUCGCCCUGGCCAUUCUGGCGCUGAUCCGGCUCAAGUUUAUUUGGCUGCCGCUUGUUGCCAUCGCCUUGACCCUCACGGUUACGAACAGCCUGGCCUUUUCGCGAUGCGACAAGUUCAGUCAGGCAUCGAAUAUGGCGGGAAGCGCAUUGUACGGAGGCAACUUGGCUGGUAGCAUAGCGAGCAAUAUGGCCAGUCGCCUCUUUACUUUUGGUAGAUCGUGA